AUGACUGAAGUCGACUUCCCGGAGGAUGACCGCUCGGUCGAGCUUUCCUCGAUUGCCGCGAUCUUUCCAGAAAUACAAAUCGAUCCUUCCUCUCCGUUCAAAGCCGUCCUCGAUCUUCCAGUCGCACCUUCCGCCCCAACCUCAAUAUGUUUUCAGCAACCGCUGGAAGUUGUGCCCGCCAUCACCCCUCCAACCUCAUUAGACGAGUCUAAGGGAGAACUAGACCACCCACCCAUCAAAGAUGUCCAUCUACUCUCACAUUUGCCUCCGCUUAAUCUCGAGAUUGAAUUGCCACACGGUUACCCAACCGAAAAGCCGCCUAUCGUUCAUCUGAGAACGAUCCCUUCAUGGCUAUCCCCCUCGGUCAUUGAUCAAUUAUCCAGCGAUUGCCGCCGACUCUGGGAAGGAUGUGGAAAGGAUCUAGUCGUCUUCACCUACAUUGAUCAUCUCCAGCAACUUGCAGAAACAACUUUCAAUAUCCAAGAUCAGUUUGGGGAAGUAUGUAUAUCGCGGGAUUUGAAGAUCGCAUUACUGGACUACAACAAAAAGGCCGAACGGGAAAAGUUUGAGCAGGGGACUUUUGAAUGUGGAGAUUUCUACAACAGCUGCAUCGCAGAGGGUGAUGUUGAUAGUGUUAGAUGCAUGGCACCGGAUUGUGAAUACAACAAGAGACCUACAGCUGCAGCGGGCGACGGCCAGACCCCGCCCCGCAAGAAGCGCGAUCGUACCCUGGGACCAAGCGAGCUACUCCAGAUUCCUCUGGCUACCGACGUAGUUCAACGAUACGCGUUCCUCAAGAGGAAAAAGAAAAUUGAAGCCGACAAGACCACAGUCUACUGUCCACGGCAAUGGUGCCAGGGAGCUGCACGAUCCAAGCGACACCCCAAACCAGACGAUCCCAUGUCAGAUGACUUGGAUAGCUCCGACGAAGAAGACGGCUCCGAGCCUCGCACCGAAGCCAAUGAUGGGGAGCUUCCUCCGAUGGCGGAGCGUGUGUCUAUCUGCGAAGACUGCAACUACGCCCUUUUGCUGCGUCUGCAAGAAGGGCUGGCAUGGCGAAUUGGUACGCUGUUUCCCACGCCGCGACGGCGAGCCCACAGAGGAGGAAAAGGCAACCGAAGAAUACUUGCGUCUAUAUACUACUCCUUGCCCGACUUGCAAUGUCCCUUGCCAAAAGCAAAUGGGAUGCAAUCACAUGCGCUGCUUCCAGUGCAUUUCAACGACCCGAGUGGCCAAUGCUUCAAUCGUCUUUGGGAUUUGGAAGGUGGUGAUGGCAUCAACCCCGACGGAGCCGAAGAACUCCACCGCAUCCCAGACGCACUCCUACACUUUGACGAUGACCCACCAGUGGUAGCAAUUCACGAAGAAACCGACGAAAGCGAUGAUGACCACCCUGCUUUUGAAUUUGAUAACGAUGAAGAUGACCUCCACCGCCGACACCCUCCUCCUCCCGCUCCCGCUCCACCCCAAGUCAACCGUGGUGGCGGCAGACCUGGCCAGCGUGAUCACGCAGCUGCCCGUGCAGCAGCAGCUGAACGUCAAGCCCAAGCUCGCGCCAUGGCCGAGGUACGAAACCGAAAUGCGAGACGACAGGCCAGACAUCCUGUCCGAUGGGCGGAUAUUCCUGUCAACCGUGUCCCCCCUCAGGCAGGUGAUCCCAGGCGCCCUGCCCGGUGGGCAGAGGUCCCUGAAGACCCAUUGGCAGACGAAGACGGUCCCAUUCGGUGGGAGGCUAUAGCAAUCCGACCAGGCAGAGCACAGGCACACCCCGGCCUUCAACGAUUUUUGGAUUUAGUACAAAACGACCGUGAAGACGAAUGGGAUAGUGACGAGAUGGACGACGAUUUCUAG